AUGAAUCAAGCUCCAGGGCUCACACAUCUCCCUGGAUCACACCUACAGCAGGCUCGUCCAGUUAGUCCUGAGAAGACGUCAGUUUCCGAGGCAGGUGACCAGCCUUCGGCUGCCUCGGAUGCCCCACCUCGACAACAAAGCCCCGAUAGCUUGUUUGCAUACGAGGGAAUCCCGGUCGAACAGCCAUGGGGAAACCAGUUUAUGGAUAGCCUAUACUCCGAUGGGUCCCUUCUCUCCUAUGAUGUUGGGCAGAAUACGUCAGCAUCAACAAAACAUAGAAUCGAAACUGGGCCAGUUCACGGCAAUGAAACCCUAGCACUUGAAGCUGCUUUAGGAACAGAGGAUAUCCCGAACCCCAAGCCUGUGACUCCAACCGGGAAUCAACAUGGCCAUGAUAUCAAGUCCGGGAAGAGAUCGCUUGAUGAGGUCGAAAACUUGUCUUAUCUCUCCGACAACCAGAAUGGUAAUGAUACACGCCCUUCGAAGAUGCAGCACAUUGAGAGAAAUUCCUCAUCUCGUGAAAUCUCACAUCCUUCGACGGUUACGUCUGUUUAUCUCGAGCUUGAGAACGACCAGCCAACCGAUGUUUCCGCCUUCCCUCCCUAUUUUCAAUUCCCAGAACUUCCCGAGAUCCCUGGCUUGUGGUCGUCUUUCGAACUCCCUGGGAGGUGUGACUUUAAUCCUCUAAAUGCGAAUAGAUCUACUGACAGCAGUGGCUCGCGCGAUGCCAGUUUUCCUCCUUCCACCCAACUUCAAACGACCAUACCACACCAUGAUCAAAUUGCUAGGCUUGAUGAAAGUCCUAGCAAUUCUGGGCAGAUAAGCAGUCCUGAAGAUGGACAGAUGAUUGGUUCGGAAUCGGAAACCACUAUUAGUACGUCUUGUUCAUCGAAUCGUUCUUCCAUGACAUCGUUAUCAAUAGAUCAGCAUGAAAUUUGCACCUCUGAUAGCGUCCAACCGUCCCUGGACAGACUGAAUGGGUCCCAUCCUGAAAGAGAGCUCCUCCAGGAUUCUCUAUUUGGCGAUGGAACGUUUCCAAUUGAUACUUUUCUAGCGGAAGAGGUCUCCAAAGACAACGAUACUCAGCAUUCAGAGGGGGCCUGUCCUGUACAGAAUAAAUCCGCCUAUAUCCAAUUUGUCGAAAACGAUAUCACCAAAAACUUCAACCUUGGACCAGAGGAUAUACUUGCUAGCCAAUACCGAGAGAUUUUCAGUCACGUCCCAAAACCAGAACAGUACAUUUCCCCGUACCCCAAAAUAUGCGGACCCCUAGGUUAUUUUCCUUCUACCCCGGCGCUACACACUAGGUGUAUUGAGGUUGCUCCCGAAGAUGUGGCGAAACAGCUUCAGGAAUACCACCGGAAGCUCCAAAAGGCUACGUCCGAACGAUCCAGGUACAAAAAUGCGUGGAUUGAAUGGAAGACAGUAGAUCCUGCUACUGGGAAGAACAAGGAGCAGAAGUUGAAGGAUGAGCCAUUUCGACUAAAGCGCUCUCUAAUGGCCCAGGAAAGAAAAUCUGAAGCAUUUAAAAAAGAAAAUGAGCACUGGCGCAGUCAAUUCAGCAAUCUCGCUUUGGCAUAUAAUGAACUAGUCCAACAUUUGAACAUGCUUCAGGCCUCCCAGAUCCCUCAACAUUUGACAGUAGUUGCCCAGCCUCACCCAGGACACCCAACGCCUGUGCCAUCGCCACAACCAGAACAUGGUACCGCUAAUUUAUCCGUUCAUCCGCCACCAGAUCCCCAAACACCAGCUCGGCCGACCUCGCAACUGGCACCUGUCACGAUUGAUUCAACCGAUGAUGAACCCAGCAACCAGAAUACCAACAAUCCAACUUCCCCUCCAUCGGAUCGAGAGGAGCGUUCCAGAAUUCAUCGGUCUGAAGAACUGCGAAAUGCUCUGCUUCGCAAGGAAUACCAAUGGCUCGGUAAUAAAAGACAUAAGUACAGGCCUAUAUUGCCAGCAAUACCAUGUUCUGGUCACGGCUCGAGGCCAGAAUCGACGAGUGGAUCGCACAGAAAUCUACCUAUGCCAAACCCUUCUAAACCGCCGAACAAGUCCACUGGAACUUCUACCUUCGAUCACCCUGAAAAUUCAAGGAUGUUGAUAGAGAGAGCUUCACGUGAAUCUAAUGCCGAGGACGAUUAA